AUGGGUGAAAACUCCAGUCUCUCCGCAUGGGAAACAGACGCCCUUACUACAGAAACUCUUCUAAAUUACAGUGCCACCUAUGUGAGAGCCACCUACGCCAGAGAGCCACCUACCCCAGAGAGCCACCUACGCCAGAGAGCCACCUACCCCAGAGAGCCACCUACGCCAGAGAGCCACCUACGCCAGAGAGCCACCUACCCCAGAGAGCCACCUACCCCAGAGAGCCACCUACCCCAGAGAGCCGCCUACGCCAGAGAGCCACCUACCCCAGAGAGCCACCUACCCCAGAGAGCCACCUACCCCAGAGAGCCACCUACGCCAGAGAGCCACCUACGCCAGAGAGCCACCUACGCCAGAGAGCCACCUACCCCAGAGAGCCACCUACGCCAGAGAGCCACCUACCCCAGAGAGCCACCUACCCCAGAGAGCCACCUACCCCAGAGAGCCACCUACCCCAGAGAGCCACCUACCCCAGAGAGCCACCUACCCCAGAGAGCCACCUACCCCAGAGAGCCACCUACGCCAGAGAGCCACCUACCCCAGAGAGCCACCUACGCCAGAGAGCCACCUACCCCACAGAGCCACCUACGCCAGAGAGCCACCUACCCCACAGAGCCACCUACCCCAGAGCCACCUACCCCAGAGAGCCACCUACGCCAGAGAGCCACCUACCCCAGAGAGCCACCUACGCCAGAGAGCCACCUACGCCAGAGAGCCACCUACCCAAGAGAGCCACCUACCCCAGAGAGCCACCUACCCCAGAGAGCCACCUACCCCAGAGAGCCACCUACUCCAGAGAGCCACCUACCCCAGAGAGCCACCUACCCCACAGAGCCACCUACCCCACAGAGCCACCUACCCCAGAGAGCCACCUACCCCAGAGAGCCACCUACCCCAGAGAGCCACUUACCCCAGAGAGCCACCUACCCCAGAGAGCCACCUACGCCAGAGAGCCACCUACCCCAGAGAGCCACCUACCCCAGAGAGCCACCUACGCCAGAGAGCUACCUACCCCAGAGAGCCACCUACCCCAGAGAGCCACCUACCCCAGAGAGCCACCUACCCCAGAGAGCCACCUACCCCAGAGAGCCACCUACCCCAGAGAGCCACCUACCCCAGAGAGCCACCUACCCCAGAGAGCCACCUACCCCAGAGAGCCGCUUACGAUUGAAGUUGGGUGAAAUGAAAUGCAAUUUUAUACAAUCUUGA